AUGGCUCAACACUCCAUGUAUGCAACACCGGGAAACUUUCCCAUCAUCCACCGGCAAAGGGCACCGUCAGCGCCUCGGGCAUACGACCUCAGUGACAACCGUCAAAUUUUACUGGGCUCAAUAGAUUUUGAACCUCGACACAACUACCAUGGACUCCGAUCUCCUCUAGACAACCAUGGACGUAUGGUGAAUCAGUCUCUGGGGCGGUUAUCCUAUCCUCCAGCUGGCCAGCCAAUGACCCCAGUCCCCGUGUACCCAGAAUGGAAUCACCCUCAAAUGCCAAGGGAGCCAAUACGACCUGAUGUUAGGCCAUUUACUUCCUCGGAAAGCCCGGAAUACAUCGUGGAGAGGAACAGCCGUCGACCGGCUGAUAUAACCCGAGGAGGGCCACAAUACGUUUCCCAGAGACGGACUUCUAACCGGGAUGAAUUUGAUGGACCGCAUCAGAUCCUGGAUCCACCUUCCGCACGGAACGUCUCAUGUCGAGAUGAGGAGCUGCCCCAGCUCCCUACUAAUAUCGAUGCCGCAGAGCAGGACAGAAUCCUGCACCAGGUCAAUGACCGUCUCUCCCAAUGCGGCUAUGAUUUCUUUGCCAGAUACCAAUUUCCCAUUCCCUUGGAACAGGACAAGAGGCCAGUUCAACUCCCUUCGGACCGCGAGUGGAACGAAUGGGUGCACCUUCUCAAGAGGCUAGCUACUCGACGUCGCAUCCCUCGCCACGCUCUACACAACGGCCAAAUCAAACAACUGAUCACUGUUCUGGAAAACUCCCUGGAAAUGCGCCACGCUGCCAAGCACAGCUCCCGACCCGUCAAGGAUGACCGUAAUGUGCUCCAGCUCAUUUCCGCAGGAACGCAAGUUGCCAAGAUCCUCAAGGACUCCGACGCAAUGCAGUUCUUCGACCGUCUCUAUGUUGACACGGAGAAACUGAUCCAUGAGCGAUGCCGCCGCGUGAGAUUCGCAAACACCUGA